AUGGCGACCUCGAGGCUGCCGGUCGCCAUGUCAGGUGUGGCUGGAAUCGGCAAGGGCUACACCAGGCCAGUGCAGGGGAAUGGAGGGGCAUCGGGUCCAUUCGACAUCAACUCGGUCGGCCUACCCCUGGCGCAUCCGGCUGUCGCUGGAGGCACGCCGAUAGCAUUCGGGGUGAUGCCAAGCCCACAGAAGCGACAGGCUUGGAUCGCCUCUGCCAUCACAGCCGGUGUCGCUGCUCCCGGGCAAGGAAGUGCCAUGCCUGUCUGGUCGGAGUCUGCAGUGCCUGCUCUACUCAAGCAUGCCAGGGCUAAAACAUCGCCAACGCCUCAAGGAUCACGGUUCUCGUCGAGCGCCAUGGAGGACUACAUCCGCAAGGGAGUGUUCUCACACAGCGACAUGGCAUCGCCCAUCGCGGUACAGCCGAUCUACGACUCGCGGGGGCAGGUCAUUCAGAGCCCGCCCCAGCUGGAUCGAGCUCAGUUAACUAAGAGGCUGGUGGCGGACGAGUCGGCCAUUCAUGCCCUUACGAAGGACGUCGACGAGCUUCUGACUGCCAACCAGUACCUCAUGACCGAAGCUGCUCUCGGGGCUCGUCCAGGACCUCCGGGCUAUCCUGGUCCUCCGGGAGUGUCCAUCCACGAGGGGCCACCAGGGCCUCCGGGGCCUCCUGGUCCGUCAGAGGAAGCAGAAGAGAAGAGCAACACGGAAGCAGAGGAGGAAGAGGUGCCAGCGGUAGGGAAGUACAAGACGAAGGAAAAGGAGAGCACGAGAUGA